AAAUAAACAUAAUAAUAAUAACUGUGCCACUAAGGUUUCUCUUUAAGACAUUUCAGGGGGUGAUGAUUUUGUCCAAGUCAACCAGACCCUCUAAUUUAAUCACCAAAGUCUCUUUCUUGCAAACAUACUUAUUAUUCACAAUUAGAGACAAAGAAAAGUCCUGCAAGGUGGAAACAAUUGGGAACAUGAGAUAUUUAGCCAGGUAAUUAAGCAGGUAUCCUGUUAAGUGUAUAACAGCCUCCCGAAAUGUCCUGGCUGGAGUGGAGGGGUGGAGAGAUCCUCUGUGAUUGGCUGAAGAAACACAGGAAAUCCCUUGAUGCACUUAAGAGAUUGGUAACAAUACCUCCUAAAGGGAACAGCCAUUGCACGUUGAACAGGCUGUCUCCCUGGUGACAUCGCGUCCAUAGAGUUCCAGUCAAAACCCCAAAGGGCCUUUGCAUUUUUAGAGGGAUGCCCAGUUGCAAAUCCAGAAGGAGGAAAGAUGGAAAGAAAUGCCCUCGCAGCAGACUAAUGAGUUCAUGGGAACCUUGAAAACUUCAUGCAACAACAGCAGCAGCAGGAGCAGCACACCAUGUCUGAAAGCUCCUCAGGUCUGAACACAAGCUGCUUCAGGUUCUACACCUCCCAAUCAUCUUCUUGCUCCGAUUUAAGAAAUCUAGACAUUUGUUUGCCAGUGUUGUCAUCAAGGAACAGAGUGAUACAUCAAAUACAUCAACCAAGCUGCGAUUCUGGCAUUGCCUCUCCACUUCCAUCAGAUUCUUUCAAGUAUCUCACCUGGCAUGAAUUAGAAGAACAUGAUGUUCAAGGGAGUCAAAUCCACUGUCCUCGAGUGAGAGAAGGUCCUUCUGAAGAAGAGUGUUUUCUCAGAGGAGAACAUCACACUCUUUAUGCAAAAAAACAACUGACAGAGAAAGAGAAAUGGGAGCAAAGGCUACAAGAGGACUGGGAAAACUGCAUGAGUUUAAACCUUUCCUAUCAAGAUUUGGGAGACCUGUACCAAGUAGAAAACUGUAUAAGGAUUCUUCGUAGAUUAAUUCGAGUGGAGAGGCUUUGGCUGGUGGACAACUCAUUGACAGAUCUAAGUGCCAUAUGCUUGCCAAGCUGCAAAGAACUGAAACUCAGCAAAAAUCAUUUUACAUCCUUCAAACAGCUGCCAAAAAUUCCUGAGAUUCACCACCUGGCCCUUGAUGAGAACAACAUUGAGACUCUGGAUGAAUUGUCAGACCUGAGACACACUCCAUUGGAAUCCCUUGUGCUUGAGAGGAAUCCUUGUGAGUUUCAAGAAAACUAUAGAAAACUUGUCUUCUCCAAGUUGCCAAACCUGAAAGUACUGGAUGGAAUCCCAAAACUGCCAGAGGACUGUCUUCCACCAGAAACCAAUUUUUUAUGUAAAAUAUGCACCAUACUAUAAUAUUAUAUUUUUUGUGAUGGGACUCUAAGAAUUGCCACAAUUAAAGCAGUAAAUCCUAUAACUACACAAAUCUUUUUAUGGACCUAUUGGCCAAGGCCAAUGCUGUGCCAAAAGUUACAAAAUCUACAUCACAGAAGAAGAAAAAACUAUACUACCUCAAUGGAAAAAGGGGGAGAGUUCAAUCACUUAUUCUUUGUUCAUACCAUCUGAAUGACUAAGUAUACAUCUAUUUAUUAUAUUUUUAUAUCUAGUACUUUUUUCCCAAGGAGCUGCUGAGACUUUUUUCCCCAAGGAGCUGCAACCAGGCCUGUAGCCAGGAUUUUGA